AUGGCUCCGAACAUCGACUCGGCGCUGGGGACGGCGGACAUGGCGAAUGAGCAGCGCGGCCUUCUCGAGCUCAUUGACAAGCUGCAGUUUGCUCAGCUCGACAACGUCAAGCUUCCCCAGAUCGUCGUUGUUGGCGACCAGUCCGCGGGAAAGAGUUCCGUCCUCGAGGCCAUCACUGGCACCCCAUUCCCUCGCGAUGCCGGCGCCUGCACACGCUUCGCAACCGAAAUCCGCCUACGCAGGUCGGCCGAAGCGAGUCUCAACGUCUCCAUCAUCCCCGACAAGAACAAGCCUUUCAGAGAUCAGGAGCGGCUGAAGCAGUUUGGCGGCGCCGUCGACACCGACAUGUCCUUCGAGUCUCUGAUGAGAUCUGCGGUGGAAAUGAUUGCUCCCAAGAACAUUCCGGGCAGAUUCGCCGCCCGCGACAUUUUGGUGGUUGAGAAGAGAGGUCCCGACAUGCCUCUUCUCACUCUUGUUGAUCUUCCCGGUCUCGUCAAGAACGCCAACAACGACCAGUCGAUGGACGACAUCAAGACGAUUGAGACGCUUUGCGAGCGAUACAUGAAGAGCUCCCGCACCAUCAUCCUUGCCGUCGUUGGCGGCAAUACCGACUAUGUCCAGGCGCCUAUUCUCACAAAGGCACGCCACUUCGAUCCCUCGGGCAGCCGUACCAUUGGUGUUCUGACAAAACCCGAUCUUUGCGAGUCCAUCGGCCUGGAAGACAAGUUCAUCGAGCUCGUCCAGAAUAGAGACAAGCAAAACUACUUCAAGCUCGGCUGGUAUGUCCUGCUGAACCCUGGACCCCGCGAUCAAGGCCAGCCUUGGCCUUCAGCCCGCGAACGUCGCCAACGUGAGGAGGAAUUCUUCGGCCGCGGGAAAUGGCGUGCUCUUCCCAGCUCCAUGUGCGGUGCCAAUGCGCUCAAGCAGAAGCUGAGCGUUCAGUUGCAACGUCACAUUGGCCGCCACGUCAAGACACUUCGCAAGCAGAUCCAGAAGGCGCUCGACGACUGCGAUUCGGAGCUCAAGUCUAUGGGCACCGGCAAGGACACCGUUGAGGAGAUGCGCAUCGAGCUCGUUGAGCUCUUCUCCAGCUCCAAGGAACUGGUUAUCCCCGCCGUCUACGGUUUCUACAAGAACCCUCCUCGCAAGAACUUUUUCCGUGCCACAGCCGAUCCUCGCGGUACUCCCGCUCAGAACUUGCGUGCCCGCGCCAUCGAGGAGAACGAGAAGUUCUCCCACCGCAUCCGCCAGAACGGUCGCAAGUUCGGCUUCUCGUCAUCCACUGCACCCGGUACCGCAGACGGUGUUACUAUCAGCGACAGCAGCAAGAGAGAAUUUGUCGGUAGAGAAGUCGAGAUGCUUCUGCGACAGAUUCGCGGUUCCGAAUUUCCGAUGGACCCCAAGCCUCGCGCUGUCUACAUGCUCUUCCAGAGCUACUCAGAAAACUGGCCAAAGCUCGCUCAAGAGCACAAGGACAAUCUCGGCGUCGUGUGCAAUGAGUUCCUCAGUGAGGUCAUCGACUUCGCGUGGCCUCAGCGCAUGCGCGAGCCUCUGCGCUACCAAUUCCUCGAUGUUCAGAUGAAGAAGCUGCUGGCCGACGCACAGGUCGAGCUUGAGCACCUGACGCAAGACAUGAACCUCGAGAUCCAGCCGUACGACCCCGAGUACGAGGAGCGUCUUCGCAAGUGGCAGAUCGAGACCACCAAGGAUGGAGCUACCUACACCGAGGCGCAAGAGGUCUGCGAAAAGAUGUUGAUCUUCUAUGAACUUGCGGCCAAGACCUUCAUUCGCAACACCAUUACCCAGGUUGUUGAAAGACAUUUGUUGCAGGGCAUGUACAGCAUUUUCAACUCUGUUGAGAUUCUCGGCAUGCCUGCCGAGACGGUCGAAGCUAUCGCCGCCGAGAACAAGGAGACGCGCGACCGCAGGAUGACGCUCAAGACGCAGAAGACUGCGAUCGAGGAGGCCCGCGACAUUUGCGCCAGUUUGGCCAUGCGGAAGGAGUUGAGGAUGUACGCCGACGAAGACCGCGAUCUA